CUAGGAACAGUCUUAGUCAAGCAGCUGUAUCAACAGCUUCAAUGAAAUCUGUCCACAGUGGAAACAUUCAGUUUAGAGGUAAGUGGGUGCUUCAUGUCUGUAUUCCAGCUAAAAUUUCUACUUUUUGGACUAGUGGACAAUCUACAAGGCUUUCACUGUUUCUCUUUCUAAAUCUGAUUUAGAUUGGGGCUCAAUUCUCUGACAGUGUUACAGGAAUUUAAAAUAUUUCUCUCCCAAUUUACAGAUGGUUGUGUGAACAACUGGUGAAUUUGCUUAAAUGGCAAGAAAACUAUAUGGUGGACACUCUGGAAACCUAAAAUUGAAUUAAGAGCGGAGACGCAGCAGUUGUGUGUGACACAGACUUCUCAGUGUUUGUGGUAAUGGAUGUCACAGGGUGGGGAGAAGCCCAGCUGAUGACACAGGAAAGCUUUGUGCAUCUCAGUAAAAUAAUGUCAAGCUUUCACAUUUAUUAGGAGAAGGAUGGCAGCAGAAAUGAAAUGUAAAUCACAAGAAGUUAUUUCAGCAACAUGAUCGGUGUUAAGUGGAGCUGAUGUGUAAGAUUGAUCACAUCUGCCUGGACUCUUAAAAAUAUUCACUGAUUUGCAUCUGAAUACUCUUGUUAGAGUGAAUCAGCAUGUUGCCUUUAUAUGUUACUGGCCUUAAUCAGUAGGGGAGUGUGGGGUAAGAUGAGCCAUUUUUCAUAUUUCAGAUCACUACAUCAAGUCAAUCAUAGUUUUGUCUCUAACUAGUGUAUCUGUAUAGAUUUCAGGAUGUUGUGCAUCCCUGCAAACCAACAGAAUGAGUGUAAACAAAACUAUUGAUAAUAUAGCAUGCCAAAAAAGUUGGUCUCCUAUGGUCAACUUACCCCGUGUAUGGGGUAAGUUGGGUCAUUGGGUUGGGUCAUAACUCUGAUCCUCUCAUCAGACUCCUUUACUUUCUCAGUUGAACCACUGGUUUAACUUACCCCUGAACUACUAUUAUGACUUUAUUAGUCUUCUAAGCUAAAAUGGUGGACUUUUAUGUUCACAUAGAUACCACAAUUGAUGUACAAAACAAAUUUAAAAUGAUCUUUUUUGGUCUGAACACAAUUCUAAUAAAACUGAUGACAGACUAAAUUCACUUUCAAGAGUAAAAAAUGUUUUUUUGGGGGAACUAAAUGUCUAACCCCUUCACCCAUGUGCUUCUAACCUUCACAGACUCCAUGAAUUGACGCCCAUCUCCUAAAUAUUUGGUCACAUGAUCAAUUUAUUUUACCACUUCCAAGCAACAGGGAGUAGCUCAACUUACCCCACUCUCCCCUAAUUGUGUCCCAGAACUAUUACUGAACCAUUAGGGAAUGGUCAGAAUAUUUCCCAGGGUUGUCAGUUUAUUAAAUAACACCCAGAAUGCAGAUCAAAUCCAUAAUCUGACAGCCCUGGUAAAGCAUGACUGUGAAAGAAAAAGUACAAUCAAUGAUUUUCACCACAGUUUUGCUGAGAGUUAGAUUUCGUUUUUUUCCCUUUCUGCCUUUAAGCCUUUUUGUGUUCAUUUUGUUGUGGAAAUCGGAUUAUAAUAGUACAAAAGAAUUGGCCACAUAAUGUUACUUAAAAAGUCAUGCAUUUGAAAUUAAAACCUUAUCCGACCCGCGCGCAUGAAACGCGAAGAGGAGUUCACUGUUCGGGAUUGCUUCAGUUUAUUUUCGUCCACCGGAAGUGAUGUGAUGGGAUUAGUCUGCGCAGGAGCGCCGCGGGGACGUUCAUUUGUGUGUAAUGUUUGCUGAACAGGUUUGGUGGUGUGGAGAGAGAGCCUUGCCUGCUCUGGGACUCCACUGCCCUUCCCUAGCAUUACCUGGUGUCAUGAACACUCACCAUAGAGACAUGUAGAGCAGUAUGCUGUUCUGUUACAGCUGCUUUUCUGUCAGCCUGCUGACACCCUCACUAAUGUUAGUGUCUUGUUGGUUCCUGUAUUCGCCUCUAAUUGGAAGCACUGCUCUCGGAAUUAUGUCAGCAGGGUCGCCUUCAAUGAUAGCUGAAUAAACAAUAAUGUAGACGAUCGGUUUGAAGGGAUUAAAUAAGAUUGAAGCAGCCAGAAACAAUGGAUACUCAACGAAAAAAGAGGCUGACUUUCCUCACCAUCGGACUAAUCUUUCUUCUUAGUGGGAUCGAGUAUGGUAAGAUCUAUUUUGUUUACGUUACAGAAACAGCUGUUUUUCUACCACCGCUCUGUAGUUAACCAUCGUUAAAAGAGUAAAAGCAGAGGUCAUCAGUCAGUCAUACUGUCAUGAUUUUCCACUAACAUCAAUCCUUGUGUGUCUUGAGUUUUAUGAUAACAACAUGGGCAUAUCCCAUGCUGUCCAGCCCAUGUCAAACUGUAGUUGGAAAUAUAAAACCAUCCUGUAAAAAGUGAGGCAAUCAUAUGGUUUUAGGUAAUCUAUGGGACUGGUGAAUGCUGUGUUUACUUAACAUUGUCCUGCCUUUUCAGUUAAAAAGAAAACAGAACAAGUUGUACUGGUACUGAUAGUGCAAGUCUUAAGUGUUGGAGCCUUUUGACAUUUAGCUAUACUUCCUCAGCAGUAUCAUACUCUCUUGGGGAAAUGCUUUGUAGCCAUGGCUAUAGCUCAUCUAUUUACCUAAAGUGAGGCAAAAGUCAGUCACAUAAACUACAAUAAGUAAACGGCACAGUCCUUCCUCUUAAUAUUGUUAAUUUAUGAUGCUCGCUUCCUUUUUUCUGGUUGUUAAAGCACCAAAAUAGUCCCAAACAUAUGAGAUCUGAUUCUAGUUCAUUAGAGUCCAUAUAUAACUGUUGCUGUUUUAUCUGCUCCAUAUACUGAUGUCUUUGUUAGCAAGGUUUCAGCAAACAAUUUCCCCUCAGGAAUUUUCUGAGAGCACGCUUUCUUGUGUGUCUUCCAGCACAAGAAUUGAAUUUGCAUUGUAUGGGUCAGCACUAUCGGUGUUUAUGAGAUAAUGGCACCGGAGAGCAUGAGGAGAGCGUGCUCUGAAAUUCCACUGAAUGAGAAGCUCAAGAAAUUACUAAUUAACUGGUGUAACUGAUUAAAUCAUAAACUUAAGGUAAUGGUUAUAGCUUGUGAAAGCAUUUAUUUGUAGUCCUCAAUGACACUUAUAAACUAGCCUCUAAAAUAUGGCUUGCCAUGUCUCUGGUUUAAAAGAAGACAGAUAAGAAACCAUAAAGAUGCAGCCAAUUGGUGAUAAUGCUUUCACACUAAAGCUCCAUGGUGGUACACCUUAAAUGGUUUGCAUCUUCAACUUUUAACACAGAUCACUCAGCUAAACUAAGUUGGGCAGCCUAAACUGUCACAUUAUUUUUUGGUGCGAGUAUAACAUGCUGCAUUAAGAAGUGUUAGAAUUUCAGUGUAUUUUACUGGACAAAUAAGAAAAGUAACUCUGCUUACCUCUGUCUCUCCAGCUGUAAUUUUGCCCACAAUAUGGAGAUAUUUGCAGACUUUAGAUGCAGCGCCAUACUUUCUUGGUUUGGCUCUGUCAGCGUUUAGCCUGAGUGGCCUCCUGGCAGGACCGCUGUUUGGCCACUGGUCUGACAGAACGGGGACCACCAAGAACAUUAUCUUGUUUGCCAACCUUUUUGAGAUAGCUGGUGAGUCCAUAAAGAAAACUCCAACUCCAUUUAUUGUUUAUCUGAUUAUAAUGUAUGUGGCUUACUUUUUUGUUUGUUUGACGUUUUUUUUUCACUUUCCAGGUAAUUUUAUGUAUUUUAUGGGCUUUUCCAAGUGGCUCCUACUGUCCAGCAGACUAGUGGCAGGUGAGUGUACAACAGGGGACACUUUUUGUUUAGUUGGUGGUAAGCUGGUGAUGUAUCCCUGUCAUUUUGAUUGAUCUUGGAUUCAAAAUGCAGCUAUAAUUUAGAAAUUAAAGACAGAAUUUAAUCAUUUGAGGCUUCUCAAAGCUGAUUAUUCUUGCAGUUGCAUCACCUUGAAUGGGGAUGAUCGAUUUAUUCAAAAAUAAUAGUUUGGUUUAAAGCUCCUGUAGGGAACUUUAUAAGUUUGUGUCCAUUUUGGGACCUUCUUUGAAGAAGUCUUUGCUUAUCUUGUCCACAAUAUAUUUGAGUCUCUUCUUACAUAAACUCUUAUCCUGCUGACUUUACAAUCAUAGAACAAUCACUGUGAAUACUCUAUCUAAAAAUGGUAAAAACAGGGCUGUUUCUGCAGCUGCUCAGAUGACACCUACCCCCUCACAACAGUUUAAGGCGCUGAAGAUUGCAACAUGUAAAUUGUUUAUCUUGUUGCUGAUAAUCUUAUUUGCUUUUGUAUGUAAUCAAAUUUAAUUUAAUUGCAUUUCAUAAUUGUCAAAAACUCAUCAAAGGAGCUUUGAAUGUAUGAUUAACCAGCUCAACAGCUUGAAAUAUGUGGAAUUCAUUUUUAUAGUAAAAAGAAAAGUAGACUCAAAUUCAGGUCACUUAAAAAGUUCUCAAGGUUUUUAGUGUCAUGAUAGAGUAGCCACUUUGUCUUUGGCCUUGUGCAUUUUCUGAAUAUGAAAAAGAAAGACAUGACACAGGUUAAACCACAAGGAUGUAAAUCCCUUCUGGAGUGCCAGUUUCUUUCAUCAGAUUUUAGUUGUAGCUGUAAUUUAUUCAUGAAAUAUGUGUUUUCUUCAGGCAUUGGCACAGGUGCAGGCUCAGCUAUCUUUGGCUUCCUGACCAGAAGCACUUCCCCUGAGGACCGAGCCACUGUUUUUGCUGCUGUCAUGGCAUGUCGACAAGCUGGCCUUCUGAUUGGUCAGUGCCCAGCUGUUUUCAAAUAAAAUACCAGUGAAAGACUUUUUUAUUCUUUCUAUCUAUCUAUCUAUCUAUCUAUCUAUCUAUCUAUCUAUCUAUCUAUCUAUCUAUCUAUCUAUCUAUCUAUCUAUCUAUCUAUCUAUCUAUCUAUCUAUCUAUCUAUCUAUCUAUCUAUCUAUCUAUCUAUCUAUCUAUCUAUCUAUCUAUAUUUAUGUAUUCCUUUAUGUUUCUGGCACAGGUCCAGCGUUUAACAUCUUCCUGAGGCUGCUAGAUUUCCAAUUAGGUCCAUUUGUGGUCAAUAAAUAUACUUCACCAGGGGUAAGGUUCAAGUCCCACUAUUGUAAACAGGACAUUUAUGUAUUUUACCUUUCAAAUGUGUAUUUCCCUAAAGAAAAGCUUCAACUCUCAUCUUCCACUCUCUCUUUAGUUGUUCAUGUGCCUGCUGUGGAUCCUUCUUCAACUGGUAGUGAUCUUCAUGUACUGGGACCUACCACCUCAGCAGAGGGUGAAGGCCAAGGAGAACUCAGCAAGCCAUGACAAGGAGGAGGACAGGGAGCAAGAGAUUGUUGAGGAGGAUAAUGAGGAGGAAAAGCCACUCAUUGGCUCCCAGGAGUUGGCGGGGUCCUACGGCUCAGUGGUGAUAUCUCCCCCCUCUGUAAAUCACAGCUGUUCAGUCUCCAAUGCACCACUCAACCAUAUCUCUCAUGAGUCAUCAGAGUCUCCUGAGUCUGCCAGCCCCUUCAAGAAUUUCAGUAUAUCCAGAGGUGGGUUGACAUCCAAUUUACUCAACCUUUCAUUCUUCCGUGUUUGGAAUAACAGACCUAAACUAGCUUAUCUCUGUAUUGAAAGACUGUGCUGUAUUGCAUCAGUGUGGAAUUACAAUUUGAUGAAAGACGGUGGCAAACCACCAAAUUCUCAGAGCUGUAAUUUCCCCCUGACAGUAUUUAGGGUGUAAAGCUCAAAUGCUGUUCUAAUGGUUGCAUGCUCUGUAACAUGUUAUCACACUCUGUAAAGACAGGAAAUGAAAAACAUCUCUAAAAUUUCACCACUUCUCAAUUAAUUGUGGAAAUCUGAAAGAACAGCCGGUCGAAUUUCAGGUUAAAAACAUCUUUCAUCACCAAUAAGCUACCAUUAGAAAAAAAUAAGGUAAAAGUUACGAAUUGCUUUGACAGUCACAGCAGAUGAGAAACAAAAACCAUGAAUCAUAGAAAUACAGCAAAUAAAAGGGCAAAAAAAUACUAGAAUAAUAGCAUUUUAAGGACUAUAAAAAUUUCCAGAAGAGGAACAAGAAGGAAAAAGAAAAGAGAAAGCCAUUUACCUGUACCUGACACCCUCUUUUAAUCUGCAGAGUUCCUGAGAGAAGAAGUGGUUGUGCUGCUGGCUGCUCAGUUCAUCACCCUCUUCAAUCAGACAGCCUUAGAGGUGCAGCAAAGACAUCCAAACGCAAUCACUCACUUAUUCAUUUCCUUUGUUUUAGUUGAUGGCUCUUAUACUGAAAAAAAUACAAAAUAUCUCAUUAACAUGGAUAUCUCAUGUCAACACUUCUUAUCAUCCUCACUCCAGACCAUGGUGACCCCAAUGACACAGAGAUACUUCGGCUACGGGGAGCUGGAAAACAGUGUGAUGUACUGUCUUUGUGGCGUGGAGGUGAUCGCUGGCUUCCUGUUUGUGCGCUGGCUGAGCCGGCGUGUUGCUGAGCGGGUGGUUCUGGCUAUUGGCCUGGCCAUCUGUAACAUCUCUGGAGUCUGGUGCCUCAUCUUCCUGGCUAACCCGAUAGGUCAGAGACUACCACCCAAAUUCUGACAUCAAGUUUGAUUGGAGAGCGAGUAAAAGGAAAUAACUUGGAAAGUGGCUUUAUCCUGACACCUUGAUGUCUUUUUUUCUCUCCAGGAGGGUUUCCAUGGCAGCUGACUGAGUUCAUCAUCGGGGUGUUUCUGCAGGUUCUGGGUUUGCCAUUUGUUGCUGUGGCUCAGGUUUCCCUCUUCUCCAAAGUUACUGCAGAGAAAACACAAGGUACCAAACUGCGCCCUCUAGUGGAGAAGAAAACAAACUGCACUGCUUUUUCCAACUGACUGAUUCAGGCUUUUGUGACUAACAUGACCUCAACACUUGAGCCUUACACUUGUUUUUUCUUGUAUUGCAGGUUUUAGUCAGGGAGUGCGUCGCUCAGUUGGAGGUCUGGCUACCAUCCUGGGCCCUCUCUGGGCGGGUGGCCUCACUGAGAACAUGUAUAUCAUGAUGGGGGUGAUGAUGGCACUGCUGGCACUGCUAACGGUAUGUAAAAAGGAGGCAUAGGACCCCUCAAAUAUGCCACUUUCAAGCUUCUGAAGAGGCUCCAAGACAUUGGGUGGGAGUGGAUAAUAAAACCCAUGAUCAUGUGCAACACCCCCUUGUGUCAGUUAAAGAAGACAUAUCACACAAAUGCAAGAUACUUUUAACACUUAAAAGAUAACAGUAUGUUAGGAAUCAAGAAUACGCUUCUUUUUUAUCAAAUAAGUGAAGGGCUCUGAUUUUCAAGUGUUGCAUAUUUGAUUGAAUAGUUUCCCACAGUAGACAGCUCAGUAACAGGAAGACAUCGGAACAAAAUCAAAACAAACGCCACAAAAUAAGGUUGGUGUGAUAUGAAAUCAUGUUUACACCAAAAAAUUACAAAAGUUUCUCCUGUAUUUUGUAAUCCACUUUUUAAUCAAGUGUUUUUUUUUUUUUUUUUGUAUAAUCUAAUCCCUACUACAAACAGAUCACAGUCUAUGAUGGUGUGGGUCAAGUUUGAAAAAGGCCCUUUCAGGAAUUUUGGCCACAGUCGUGGUUUUCGAAGUAUCGUUGCUGUGUACAAAUUAAAUCAAAUCUCAUUAAGUAGAGCCUUUUAUAGUGAGGGCUGUUUAUACAUUGCAUCACAAUUGUGAACACAAGUGUGUUCGACCCCUGAGCUUCGAGAAUUUUGUGUAGAUUUACUGCUCUCCAGCAAACCCAGACGCGUUUUAAAAAUAUUUUAUAGUCCUUAAGACAACAGGUGCAUUAAAAAAUCUUAAAAAAUCUGAAUUUGUUUAACCUCUAAAUUCCCCUGUCAAUUUGGCCAGAUGAGGAUGAGCACUCGUGUGAUAAAACCCUAACUGCGCUCGAUUCUGUCAAACCUUCAACAUGAAAUUGUAUGAAUAAAAAAAGCAUUUACUUUCCGUUAACUCUCAUCGUCCACUUACAUGAGACAGAGGGCUUGCAAUGGUUAAAAUCUGGCCCUGUAAUUUGUAGAAAUGUGGGCCUCAUUACUGUUUAAAGCCAAAAAUUGCCUUGGGAUUUUUUUUUUUCCUGUUAGCACUGCAAAUCUAAUUGGAACAAAUAAGCGACAAACAAACCACAGAAAAGGGUUUAAAGUAAGGAAUAGGAAAUGGGAGUUGACAUCUCAUAGCCAGCAGCUCCUCCUGGGUCCGGGAACAAACAAAAAUAAGAAAACAGUCGUAAUGCCUGUAAUGAAGCAUGUGCAAACUGUGGCCCAGCAACCAAAUAUUUUCAGGAUCAGUAAGAAAGAGGGAAAAAAGAAAAACAACAGGCUGUGUGCCUGUGAGGGGAGGACUCUGUGUGCUCUUCCUAACAGGUAAAAAGGAUUCAAUCUGCAUGUCUUUAACUAAAUUGGCUCCAUAAAGGACAGCCCUGUCUUUUCUUUCCCUUCAUUAUUGCCACUGUAAAGGACAGGCUGUUAGGUCUGAAGCAGGUGCUCAGGAUUCACAGUGACCACGCAAAAAAAAAAGGGCCAAAGUGCUUCAAAUGCGUCAGUAUUAAGGAUUCACUAUGUUAAAUAAAAGAGUAUUGAGCAAACAAGUUCAAAUAAAUGUGUAAGGGUGAUCUUCAGGGCUUACUGAUUUCUGACAUUUUUAAUAUACCUAUAGCAUCAUUGUUAAUUUCUUUAUUUGUGAGUAAUCCCUUUUUUUCUAUAAACUUUGUUUUGAAAUUUCUUUUGUGACUUAUCUGUAAAGAGAGACUAUACUGUAUUUAGCUAUAUUAAGGAAAUUAUUACCAAGAGUUCACUUUGUGUUUUGUCCCAGGGCUCUUUGUGGACACUUCAUUUACAGUCUCCUUUUUCAUGGUUGUUUUUGUAGCAAUACUAACCUCAUAUUUUCUGUUGCAGCUGAUGUUGGCGUUUUCAUAUGACCGGCUGGUUGCACCUGCUACAGAGGAGCAUGAGGAUGACUCUGAAAACCGGGCGUAAACAGCAGACAGUGGAUGCAGUCAGAGUAAAGGUGACUUAUAGAAUAGUAUGAUACAUUAAGUUAAAUGUGGGUAAUGCUUUACAUUUUAGGAGAUUCUUGUAUUAACUAAAAGUUAUUGAUUUAUAUGCUGAAAAGAGGAUUUGUCAGAUACUUUUAUUGUGUUUUUUUUGUUUUUCUCAGUGCAUGGUGGGAGGUUCCUCAUCCUGCUCCCUGGAAGUCCCUCCACACUUUCUGCACUGGGACCAGCAUGUAGGGGAAUCACACACUCCAACAACUCCACACCUCAACGUCUCCUGGGUGCUUAACUGAAGCUUGGAUCUGUCAGCUUUUGGUUACAAAGGAUGAGGAAGUUACUGAAAUGAUGUAAAUGUAUAUUUCCUAUGGAAAUAUAGGAUCCUGCUUAUACAGCGUGGGCAGGCUUUGGAUGAAAAUUGUCUCUGUCAUUUUGUUAUUUACACUGAGGACUGAGCAGUGCAUUAUUCUGCCCGUGUCUCAGCACAUGCAGUCAAAGACUCAUUGUUCUAUUGAGGAACUAAUGGUUGUGGAUUUUGCUGACUUAUGUCCUCAUGCUAGACAAGAAGUGAGCCAUUCAGCUUGAUAUGUUAUACCUAGUUUUCUAGAAGGGAGGUAUAUCAUUAUUUAUCAGCUCACUAAAGUCAAAACACUUGAAAUUCCCCAAAGAAAUAUUUCUAUGUGUAAUAAUUUAUCUGCAGGUAAAACCAUGAAUCCACAUUUUUACUUUACUGAUAUAUUCAAAGGGUGUUGGCCUUCAUAAAAUAUUAUUUAGUCCACUUUAUUCACUUCCAUUCAAUUGUUUGAUAAAAAAUCUCCUCUUGAGCACAACAAAUUAUUUACAAAAAUGUCUAAUUUUGUUUUCAAGAAAUAAAUAAAUUUAACCUUUGAGCCUAUUACUGCAGGUUUAUCAAGUCAAAGAGAGUCAUCCCAUAAUGAUGGAUUUUAAACAACACAAUAUAAAUAAUGUACUUAAUAAUAAUUAAGAAAUCUAGGAACAAAACAAGAACAGAAAAGUGAACCCACGGUCAUAGUUUAAAGCUGUAUGAUGUAUUUCUAACACUAGUGGGCGCUCCAAGUCUUUAUACUGUAGUGUUAGUGCGUCAUUACUGCUGAGUCUGAUAGUUUGUGUGAAUUACAAACAGGCAUAUAAUUACUUUAGGUUAAAAGCGGAAUAAGUAAUAGAUAUCUGUCAAAGAGCUUCACUCACUACUGCUUUAAACAAAAAAAAUCAUAAUGUUGUGUUUGUCGUGUAAUUUUUUGGCCUUUAUUUUUUGCAGAAUUUUAUACUCACAAACACCAAGAGAGCUUUAUGAUCUAUGCAGAUAUUUAUUAUUGUGAUAAUUAUUAAUUUAUUUUGCAUUUAUUUAUCUGGUUUUUUUUUUGGUAUCUGACAUGUACAUUAAAUUUUGUAUUCACUGUCAUCAUACGUAAAAGAUAAAUCUAAAGCACACUCCAGAGGCCUCAGGUCAUUCUCUGAAAAAGUGUGCGUGUAUGUGUGUGUGUAACAUAUAUAAGAAUACUGCUAAAAUAAUACUGAACCUUUUAAAAAUCAUGUUGAAGUAUAGUAAAUUAUAAAGAAAAAAAACAUGCUAUUUUGUAGAUUACAUGCAAUAGAACAAUAUGCCUCAAGGAUCAUUUACAAGGAUCAGCAAGAGGCAAGUAGAGCUUACUGUAACAUUCAAUUUAAUUUAUGUAAUUUUUUAAAAUUUAUAUUCAAAGAUUGAAAAACAGCACACCCACUUUUUUUUACUGGAAGUAUAACAGAGUUUUUUUUUCAGGGAUAUACUUUUUUGAAUGAUAAUGAUCAACAAAUAAAUAAAUAAAUUAUAAUAAAACAAGUGAA